CAGCCCUUCCUGAUAUUCGGCCAUGGUAAAGCCAUUCAUCGGAUGGACCUUGAUGGGAAAAACCAUAGGCGGCUCGUGGCUGGGGUCGGUAGUUCUAUCCUGCUUGACUUUCAUUUCACAGAGGGGGAAGUCUACUGGGCUGACCAACACACAGGGGUCAUCUUCAAAGCAUCAGUGGGAAGAGCACACAAACAGAAACUUUACUCAUCUGUCAAAAAUAUCUCGGGCCUUGCAGUGGACUGGAUCUGGAACAGUGUAUACUGGACAAGUGGAGAAAAGGGAAAAGUCAAGAGAAUGGAUUUAAAUGGGAAAAAUGAAAGGACUCUUUUCAGACACUUGGCACAGCCAAGUUCAAUCACUGUUGACCCAACUAGCAGGUUUCUCUUUUGGCUGUCUGGUGGGGUUACUCCAAGUGUCCAGCGGUCUGAUCUGACAGGACAAAGGAAAACUAUGCUCAUUAAAAUAAGGGAACAACUGAAAGCACUGACAAUUGACCGUGAAGACAAAAGACUGUUCUGGGUUCAGUUUGGUCUACAAGGAGAAAGUGCUAUUGCCUCUUGUGAUUAUAACGGCAAAGUCCUACACAUCAUAGAUCAGCCGCUCAGGUCUGAGUCAUUUGGGAUGUCUAUUUUCCUGGAGCACUUAUACUACACUGAUGCCGCAUCUCGGGUUAUAAAACAAGUAAAGAAGAACACUGGUGGAAAGUCACUGAGUGUCAACCUAAAACCAAUGGCAAAACCCCCUGUGGGUAUCAAGGUGGUACAUCACCUCAACCAGCCAAUGGCAGACACCCAAUCUACAUUACCAGGUUGUGAUGAACAGAGUGGAAACUGUGUGAAUGUGUGUUCCAAUCUGGCCAAAGAAGGGACCUGCAAGUGUGACACAGGCUUUGCUCUCAGUAAGCAAGGAACUCACUGUGAAGAUGUGAAUGAAUGUGCCCACUGGAACCAUGGCUGCUCGCUUGGUUGUGAAAACAUCCCAGGCUCCUACUUCUGUACCUGCCCUAAAGGAUACGCCCUCUUACCAGACAGGAAGACGUGUCAAGAGAUCACACCCUGUGGAAGCAACAUCACCAAGUGUGGACAUGGGUGCCUGAUGAUGGACGAGGGUGCUGUCUGUGUGUGUCCAGAGGGAUCUAUACUGCAGGAAGAUGGACAAGCCUGUACUGGCUGCUCUUCUGCAGACAACGGGGACUGCAGUCAGAUCUGUACUCCUGUCACCCCUAGCAGGUGGCAGUGUGGCUGUCUGCCUGGCUACCAGCUCCACCAAGACGGCAAACGCUGCAUUGCCACUGCACCUCCACCUUAUCUACUCAUUGCCAAUCUGGUGGAUGUGAGACAAAUUCACCCUGAUGGCUCAGGGGAUCACAGCCUAGUAGAGGAGCCCAGAGGAACUAUUAUAGCUUUGGACUAUGACCCAGUGCAGAACAAAGUGUUCUUCGCAAGCACAAGGCAGAAGACAAUAGAGCGUGUUGAUUUGAACGGUGGGUCGAGGGACAUCCUUGUGUCUGAUGGUUUGGACUCUCCAGAAGGACUGGCUAUAGACUGGAUCCACCACAGGAUGUACUGGACAGAUAAAGGCCAGUCAACUGUUGAGCGCAGUAGCUUGGCUGGACUUAACAGGGAAACUAUUGUGAGCAAAGGACUGGAGGAACCAAGAGGGAUCGCAGUUCAUCCUUUUGCAAAGAAGCUGUUCUGGACUGAUAUGGGGGCCCGUCCUGUGGUGGAGUGUGCCUCUUUGGAUGGAACAGACCGUGUUGUCAUUGCGAGCACUAACCUUGUGUCACCGAGCGGCCUGACCAUCGAUUUCACAGAUGACCGUCUGUUCUGGUGCGACCUGAAGAGGGGUCUGGUGGAGACUGCUGCCCUGGAUGGCUCAGGUCGGCGGGUCCUGUUAGAGAACCAAGUAGGUCGACCUUUUGACCUCGCUGUAUUUGAGGACAGGUUGUGGAUAUCUGACUGGGAGCACCGGGAGCUGAGGAGCUUCCACAAGCAUACUGGGAAAAAGCUGCAACGUAUACAUGGCAACAUGGUCCAGCCAGCAUCUAUUGUGGUGGUUCAUCCCCUUGCUAAACCAGGUGCAGAUGUUUGCCUCCACUUGAAUGGAGGUUGUGCCCAAGUGUGCGAAAGCAAGCUGGGACUAGCUCACUGCUCCUGCCUGUCACACUACAUCCUGUCAGAUGAUGGAAAGAGCUGCUCACUAGCUGAUGUUUCUAAUACAACAGCAGAUUCUGAAGACAGUGAGUCCACUCAUUUAACGUCUCUCAAUAAUAAAACAUUCAACGAUGAGAGCACCACAAUUGGACUGUCAACAGACUCCGAUGAAAGCAGCAAGCCGACUCUUUAUACAGACAAGAUGGUGUCAGACCAGAAUGAGUGCGACUCACUCCGCUGUGAUGUAAACGCACAGUGUCUGCUGAUUGCUGGCAGCCCAACUUGUAGGUGUGUGGAAGGUUUCACGGGUGAUGGACAGUCAUGUGUAGAUAUUGAUGAGUGCAAACAGGGAACACACACCUGUGGCAAAAAUGCAGAAUGCCAAAAUAACCAUGGGAAGUAUCUGUGCAAGUGCCAGGAAGGAUUCCAAGGCAAUGGGAAGACAUGUCGAGCGUUGGAUACCACAUCACAGUGGGUGACGACUGGGAGCCCUGCUGAUGUCAACACCACCCAGUCCCACAUUAACAGUAACUCAGUGGAGAGCUGCCCCUCCACUCAUGAGUCCUACUGCCUGUACCAGGGCGUCUGCUUCUACUUCCCUGAAAUGGAGUCCUAUGCUUGCAACUGUGUGUUGGGUUAUAUGGGGGAGCGUUGUCAGUUCAGUGACCUGGAGUGGUGGGAGCUCCAGCAGGCCGAGGAGGAGAAGAGAAGAAACGUGGUCAUCGCAGCCUGCAUGGUGGUCCUGGUGUCUCUGCUCUCCGUUGCUGCCUGCGUCACCUACUGCUUCGGAGCCCGAAGAUUCUUCCACAAACAGCCCUCAGUGGAUAAUGUGAGUGAGACCAGCGUGACGGAUGAGAGCAUGUCAGAGAGCACCACCGCCAGUGUGCCCCGGUUCUACAUGGUGGUAGACGACAGAGUGGAGGGACUGGUCAUCCCUGCCAUGGGCUGUCCCAGGAGAGCCGUCUGUCCUUCCUGCUCCUCAGAAACGGCUGCUGAAGAGUCAGGAACGUUCUCCAAACACAACAGAGGAUAUGAGUGUUCGAUGGUGUCUGCGGCUGCCAUGGAGACUGCAGAGCCCACUAUCCAUCACUCGAGUCCAUCACUGUCAAGAUCAUACACCUGUACAACUUUCAAGCCACCGCUCCUCUCAGAGACUACGAGCUCUGAGUCCGCUGCUUCCUAGUUUUUAUCAGACAGACAGAUAUGGACACAGCUAAGGUGACAUCUGAUACAUGGUCGCACAAUAAAUAAGAGAUUCAAACUUCAAUAUAAUGCCUUACUAAUAAAACGAAUGGCAGAGGAGCUGAUGAAAGAGAGUGAAGAGUGGAGUUUCGGAAUAACAGACGUUAUCUGAUGGAGUACAAAACGAGAUGUAAGAAUUUAAUUUUGUACACAUUUUAUUAGGACAGAUUGUAAAUGAGUAUCUGGUAUUUGGCAUUAGUCGGCCUAGUUUCUGACAUAACUGAACCCAAAAAGGACAAACUGCAUUUAAUCAAAGUCUGAGUGUAAGUGCCUUGUAAAUACAGCUGGUUUUAUGACACAUUUUCCCAAACUAUAGCAUUUAAAAUUAACGUCUUCCCUGAAUAAAUAUUUACCUAUUAUUGUAGCUAGUAAUAUGCGAGUAUAUUCCAUAUAGUAUGAAAUAUAAAUGUAUAGUAUGUCUUUCGUUUCAAAACAGAAAGAAAUCUAAAAUAUGUUAUCAUAUCAAGACUGUAAAAAGCUCCUGCCUACGCUGCUUUAACUGUGAAACUAAGAAAUUACUUGAUUUCCGUCCAGCCAGCAUAAAAAUCAAAACUACCUUAUUCAGAUUUUAGUUCCAAGCUCAGUUCUAUUCAAGUUUUAUAGAAGUUCACAUUCAAAGCUCACAGUUUUGCCAUUUUUUAGGAUUUUAUGAUCUAUUAAAAAGAAACUGUCAGCUAAAAUCUUGGACUCUGUAGGUUAUUUUGCAAUAUUUUUCAUAUUCAUAUCACCUACAAAUAAAUAAUUGCUUGCCAUGGAACCCUGACACGUUUGUUUAUGAACACAUGUGCAGACAUCUUUAU